CUACACGAGCUGGUGUUAUAAAGCGCAAUCCACAAGAGAGUUUCAAUGGAACGUCAACAGUUUUUCCUAAGCCCGUUUUUGGAUGUCAAAUCUCGCUCUGUACAUGUUCCUCCAUACCCACCACUAUCUCCCGGAAUAAAGCAACCGAUUUCUCCGAUUCCACGAGUUCCAGUCACCAAACCUGGUUCAUCUUACAGAAUCGACGACAUUCUGAGUAAACCUGAUCCACAUCCAUCCAUAAGCAUGCCCACAACCAUUCACUACAGGUCAUAUCCUUCCCUACCACAGCGCCGAUACGGCUAUGGGCCAAACGUACCUUAUCUGUGGAGCAACAUGUUGCAGUCUCAGUGGCGAGAAAGAUUCAACGGUAUGUCACUUAGCACGUUUUAAUUUCAUGUCCGCGGUCUUCUUGAGCAAAUUAUUGCUCUUGUCAGCAUUUUCUGGUAUCGCCUGGUAACCCGCAUGGUUAACAGUGGGUUAAAAUUAUUGUUUACCACAAUAACUAUUAUCCAAAAUAUUUAUGCCGUAUUCAUCGAAGCAGUUGUUGCGCGUUGGUUCCUUUGGUUUAGUAGCAUUAAGUUUGGUAGGGCUAAAUACAUCCUGAUUAUUGGAAAAUUGUUGAUUGCUAUAACUCGGUUCAGGUUUAAGCUUUGCCAUAGUCGGAAUACCGAAAAAAGUUCAAGUCUUUUGCGUUACACUAAAUAUCUCAUCACAUCAAUCUCAAUGCGAUAUUUGACUGUGUGGGAAUAACAUCUAAAGUGUACUUCAAAAAUGUGUUUGGCUGAAAAAAUACUUGAGUGAAAUAUAAAUUAAGGGAUGGCUAAAUCUCCCUGAACCAAAGCGCACCCACAAAGAGUUGAUUUUAUUUGUUACUUUAUCGAAUACCUAACUUCACCCAGGUCAUUAUUUCCCUUUCUAAUUUGACAGUACAGCGAUAAUAAAUACUAUAAUCCUUGAGAAUAGCACAUAUCCUCUUCAUUUCCUCUCUGCGCUCUUUAUUUGCACAAAAGCCUACACCUAAACAAACGCCGUGUACACAAUAAAACGACAUCUUGGAGUAGCAACAAAUUGAAGAUUUUGAACGGCAUAAAAUUUUACCUGUGAAACCAAUGCUUGCUUUGUAGCUUCUUCAUUGGUGUUCUUUCAAGGCAAAUUUAAAUUUCCUCCUGCUCUUCCCCAAGCCGCGGGCUUUAGCUAAUUACAUAAUAUAUAACCACAGCUAAUGCCACUAAUCUCGAAUUUACAAAGCCAUGAGCGUUUAUUCUCUCAAUUCUGCAUGUUUCUCGCAGCGGCUCAGGUCCAUUCGGCCUGCGGUGAGAGAGAGACGGAUGGGAAACGGAAACAUACUCGACCAACGUUUAGCGGACAUCAAAUAUUCGCCCUGGAAAAAACCUUCGAACAGACGAAAUACCUUGCCGGGCCUGAGCGAACAAGGUUGGCGUAUUCCCUUGGAAUGACAGAGAGCCAGGUCAAAGUUUGGUUUCAGAACCGUAGGACAAAAUGGCGCAAGCGCCACGCCGCGGAAAUUGGCGCGAAAAAACCACACGAAGACGAUGAAUCCGUCGAUGGCGCACAAAUUGUUGAUGUUCACGAAAGGCAAAGAAGUCCUUCGCCGGAUAACGAAAGGUGUUAA